AAAGCUUUUCACUUUAGUUUAUUCGCUUAGAUUUUUCUUUCUGGACGGACACAGAACAAGUGUAGGACUCACUCGGAAUGGCAGGAGCAAGGCCGAAAAGCCCCGUGGAUAUUGUUCACCAGAACGCAAUUCUUGUUGAAAAUAUUAAGAAAGAGCAAAGGAGUCAGAGGGUUUACACAGAGUUCAACAUCAACCCCUUCAAAAAACUGCAUGUUUUGACCGAUAAGCCCAUGUCAAGGAACACCAGCGAACACGCCGAAGAAGACCCCACUUUCCUAAAGAUAAUCCACGGUGCUCGACUAGAACCUACAAAAAAGUAUACACAUCCACAGACAGAGAGCCAAGAGAUUGGCUGGAUAUCGACACCUCUGAUUGUUUCAGAUCGCAGUGACCGAAGACUCAACUUCCCUCGACAAAAUUCAGAAAUUACGAAAUACAUGGAUGCAGCAUGGCGCCUGAAGGAGCAGACCCAAAACCUUGGAUAGAGUGUCCGUCAUUGUAAUAUACACUUUGACCAACUGAUGAACAGAACUUCUUAAUAUAAAUCAAUAAUUGACACCCAUCAGAUCAGUUGCUUCUACUUCAACAUUCACAGAAUGAAAAUAAUGGAAUAAAUGCAGAGCCAAAAAUACUGCUGCACACUGCCACCAAUGGUGUAGUCUUACAUGAAUCACAACUAAGGUGUGGGGAUAUAUUAAUCACCAAUACAUGAAUUACAAGGUUAUUACAGUUACCCUUAAUAAAAUGUUUAGUAAGGUCAUAUGCUGUCCUCAUACAAAAAGACCAUUAACUCUUGAAAUUGUAUUUUUUAAGAACAA